AUGAAACAAUACAACAGGUCUUACCAUGGAGCUGCAAGUAGUGAAUGUCAUCUUCGCAAUAACACUUGCCUUCUAGAAAAAGGUUUAACCACCUUCGUUACCUCGGAGUCAAACGUCAUAUUGCAAGAAAUUCCAGUGGAACUUGCAGAGUCGCUGGAGUUCAUUUAUUAUUAUCUAUUUCACACAAGGGUUGUUUUGGUUUUUUUUUUUUUUGCCUCAGAGUACAAUGGAAUUAUAGAUUAUCUGCAGAAAGUAAAGAAUUAUUUGAUUAAUACAGUCUCACACCUUCAAGAGGCAGAAAAUAAACUUUAUGCUGCAAGCUGCAGACAAGAUGRUGAUUCUCAGAACCAGACUGGUCAAAAUGUUUCCAGAGAAACAGAUAUGCCUUGUUUGGACGGAGAAACAGGCUCUGUGCAAGCAUCUUCCUGUACCAGUCAGCAAUUCCAAAGAACUCCUUCCCUGAGCAAGACAGAAAGUCAAAAUCUUAAUCAAACCCAGAUAAGUGGAAUUAAAACUGUGGGAAAAGUUGCAUCAUUAGCUGAAAAAAAAUCUGCCCAAGAACAGGAUGUUAGCAGAGAAUCUCCAAUGAAAAAGGAAGAUUGUGGGCAUGGAUGUCUGAUGGUCUCUAUUACAGAGAAAACAGAGUGCAAUGAAAAGUAUGAAUUGCAUGGAGGUAGCUCUGUUACUGAAAAACCUCCAGAACCAGCUUUUCAAGAUUCUCUUAGAAGCAGUGAGGAAGGCAUUGUGUCUGGGAAAGACAUUUAUGACAGAACCAUSAUGAAUCAUUUUGAACAGAAAAAAAAGGAAGUAGUCAGAGACUCUUUAAAAGGGCUGGAAAGUGAAGAGCACAGACUGACAGAGAAAGUGGAAGACAAUGAAAUUGAAACAAGUUUUAGAAAYGACCUAAGCACCUUCACAUCUUCAGCACAAACCUAUGAUCUCAUGGCUGUGAAUCCUUCUGUGAGUGAUUCAGAAGAAGUAAAAGAAUCUAAGUACUGGAUGUACAAAGAAUUUCUCGUCAAAGAGAGUGGURAAAACAAACAUGAAAUAGCUUGUUUUAUAAAAGCCCCUGCAACUGUUCUGGAGAAUCUGAAGUGCAAUAUACUCAAUGACACCAGUUCCCUGGUGGUGGAUGAUUCUGAGGAGCUGGUCAGCAAUGUCAUCAGUAUUGAAUGUGAUGAUUCUGAAAAGCUGCUUUUCCCKAUCAACAUUGCAAUCCCAUUCACAUCAUGCUUCAGAGGAAAUUAUCGGGAGAUUAUGGUGAAGGUGACUGAUGUGAACUUCCAGUCAAACUACUUAACUCCAAUUUCUUUGCAAGGAUACCAAGGAAACCAUAAGGAAAGCUUUGCAGAAGUGAAAAUUUAUCAUCUGGGUGUUUUUUCUGUGCUGUCAUGCUUAAAGAAAGAAUCAUUUACUGUUCCUGAGRCAGGACUCUUACAAAAGCUGAGGGUGGAUUCUAGAAUCUCUUUCUGUUACCAUCCAGAAGCAUUCAGUUCUCCAGCACCUAUGCAGUUAAAGAUUCAGCCAGUUGAUCCAUCAAUAAUUUCAGCAUUGAAAGCAAGACAUGAUAUGUAUCACUCAGUGGUGUCUACUAGUGCACUGUUUCAUGUCCAGCACCCUUCAGCUCAACCUUUUAACAGCUCAGUCACYAUUACUCUACCCUGUCCUCCAAACCCAGAAAAAAAAAGGCAAGGAGACGAGACAGAACAUGCAAGAGCCAUCAGUGCUACAGUAAAGAGAGUUUCUGCAGCGUACCAUCCUCGGACUGUGAGUGCCUCUGUGAGAAAAAGUGGGGAGAAUCUCAAUAAUACUUUGAAAUUAAUAGGUCGUGGAAACAAAGAAGAGGGGUGGAAGGUGUUGGAUGAUGUUAUUAUACAGAAUUCACAGAAUGGACUCAUAUCAUUUGAACUAAAUGAGCAUUUAGAAAGCUUUGUGAUCAUUCGCCUUUCAUUCCUUUUGGAGAACAAGAAUCUUCUCCUCUUUGCUCAGGCCCUGGAAGAAUCUCUUCAUAGCACCAUGGCUAAUGUGAUACUAUAUCAGAAAAGAGAAAACCCAUAUCAAAUAGUAGUUUUGCUGUCUGCCUCCAAAGAAUUGACCAAUGAACUUCAAAAUCUCCAUGAGGAGGGUUACUUUGGUCCCCCAGAACCUACACAGCAAUUCCCAUUAAGAGAAGGAGAGCAGAUUCAUUUUAGAUUUACAGGAAAUAUUUCCGCUUCAGGGAAUGGAGAAGAUUUUGGGAAAGUCUACAGACUUAUUUUUCAUUCACAAAGAAAACCCAGGCUGGAGCUUCAAAUUAAAGAAGUGGAUGAAUUUGGUAACCACAGUUCACCUCACUACAAAGGAACAGCAGUGUUUUAUAAAAUUACCAGAGAGAGGAUAACAAAGAAAUGGGAACAAACCUUGCCAUAUGAUGAAUAUCGAAACCAGUCUCCACUGUGCAAACUACCAUUACAACUACCAAAGCAAGAGAAAUUGGUCAACCGUCCACAAAGCACAAAAAGAACUUUUUCUGAUUCAUCAGAGGCCCUGUGGGACAAGUUGCUGUUUUGGCUUGCAGAAGAGCUCGCAGAAGAUAAUACAUCAUUGUUUGCUUUAUGUUUACCUGUUCGGCGGAGCGUUCUUCAGCUUGUUAGGCUGAAGUGGCCUGAUAAUUUAACACAGCAGAUCUAUGAGCUGCUUUGCUGCUGGAAAAAAACCCUUCCAAGGUCGGCUGAUAAACAACAGCUCCUGUCUCGCUAUUUGCGGAAGAGUGGCAGAAGCGAUCUUUCAGAAGAGCUUCAUUUAAAGUGGCAAAAUAAGGUGUUCUCUUGA